AUGCCAACGACACAAAUUCUUCGUCCGGAGGCGAAGUCUGUUGCUGUAUCCUCAUCCCGCCCAGCGGUAAUGGCUUCACUGGAGAGCUCGUCUCCCACCACUCCAGCAGAAGAUAUGUCCGUAGAGCUUCCGAUUGACAUCACUGGACCAUCUCCUGCUCCGAGGGCCGGUCAAACUGUUUUUGAGCGGGUACCAUCAGCCAAAGUAACCAAGUCCCGUCGAGUACUGCUUACUACUUUGCUCAUUCUAGCAAACAUAGUUCAAAUGUUAGUAAAUUUUGCUGGGAUUGCUGGAGGUAAAACAUUGACCCAGUCGAUGGGCGUCCAGCCGACCUAUGCUUCCUGGAUUGGGGCAAGUUAUGGCUUGACACAGGGAACCUUUGUGCUGAUUAGUGGCCGGCUGGGGGACGUAUACGGCUACAGGGAGCUAGUCCUUGCUGGGGGUGCAUGGCUUGCUAUCACAACCCUGGCAAGUGCCUUCUGUGGCAAGGAGUUCUUUGCAUUUAUCAUCAUGAGAGCCCUUGGUGGCCUCGGAGGGGCUUUCAUCAUGCCAAAUGCAGUCGCCAUGAUUUCGAGUACGAACCCACCGGGACGAGUGCGGAAUCUUAGUUUGGGGCUUUUUGGAGCAUCAGCUCCUAUUGGGGGUUACUUUGGUGCACUUUUCUUGGGUGCAUUCAUGGAAAAGACAGAUUGGAAGUGGUUUUUCGUAUUCACAUCCGGUCUCGGUAUCGCUACCUCACUCGCGAUUUGGCUCCUUAGUAUGCGAGAGACUCCAGUCGACCAGCACGGGAAAAUUGACUGCGUUGGAUCUGCCCUCGGUACCUCUUCAUUGAUCCUUUUCAACUUUGUCUGGAAUCAAGCCCCUAGCGUUGGUUGGCAAACACCCUACGAGAUCGCUCUCUUAAUCAUAUCCAUCAUACUCUUCGGGGCUUUUCUUAUCUGGGAAAAACGGUAUACCUCCCACCCCAUCAUGCCGCUUGAGAUCUUCAAGGCACCUUCUUUCCUCACUGUGCUCUUAGUAGUCCUACUCAACUACAUGGCUGUCGGUACUUUGAUCUGGUACCAGGUCCUCUGGUUGCAAGAGGUAUGGAACUGGUCCCCUCUGCAAUUUGCUGUUGGUUGGACCCCAUUCGUGAUUUGCGCAACGGCAGCCGCAUGCCUAGCUGCAUGGUUGGUACCUCGAAUGGCUGCGCAAUGGAUUCUAGCUAUCGGCACUUGCACGAUCCUGGUUUCCAAUGCUCUGAUGGCAACUGUCCCCGUUAGUCAAAGCUACUGGGCUCAGGUUUUCCCCUCUGUGGUUCUGUUUUCCUUCUGUCCAGAUUUCGUGUAUACUGCUGGACAGAUCAUUGCCAGUAAUUCAGUCCGCCGGCAUCAACAGGGAAUUGCUGGAUCGAUCAUUGGCACUUUAAACCUGUAUGGCAACAGCCUAGGUUUGGGAUUUGCCUCCACGAUUGAGGUUCAAAGUGCUAAGCGCUCGGGAAGCCAGAUCAUGGGAUAUCGGUCAGCACUCUAUUUUGGUGUUGCGAUCAGCGCCAUAGCUCUCAUUCUGGAUGUGGGAUUUGUUCGGCUAGUCAAGGAUAAUCGUGAAGGGUGGGGUGAGGAGGAUCGAUUGCGCAUAGAGGAGAUUGAGUUGGCUCAAUAUGCGGAAGCAAGCGGUGCUAAUCCCCGUAUAGUCGCUGAAAGGUUGUAA